AUGUUUUCUGAGGCGAAAGAGAUCCUUGGCGGACAAGCCAAAGUCCAAGCCGUUCUUGACAAGCAGCACAAGGUCAAAGAUGGCAGACUGGGUAACAAGGACUCCACGACCGCGGCCGGUGUUGUCAAGACUCGGGUCCCGCGCUACGACUGGGUGAAGAAGAAGAGCGUGAACGCUUACAUCAUCUACCGCGUCGUGAUGUCGCUCAUUUUCGCAAGCAUUCCUCAGGCGCAGCGAAGUGCUUACAUUCGAGCCAUGUGGGAGAAAGAGCACCACAAGACAGCAUGGAGCUUGAUCGCGAAAGUGUGGACUCACAUUCGCGACUUCAGUGGAGGUUUCACAAACCUGGUGCAGUACGCAGCUGCUGCCAUGCGAGAGACUCGCGUGGUCACACCUGAUCGCUGGCUCAAUACCUAUCACAUGGUCCUGGUCAGAGACCAGGACGGCAUUGUCACGCUGCGUCAGCACCAUGUGCCUUCAAUUCCAGCGGCUCGUCAGCUCACUGAUGUUGAACUUCUGUUCGGAGUGCUCAGGCGCGGUCUUCCUGUCAAUAAUCCUGUGCAGCUCCUGGACAGCUUGGUAAAGAGUCAGAAUCACUACAUGGCCGUGUCGACUUUCCCUGGAGGAGUCGCGGUGCCUGGCAGAGCCAACCAGAACUUCGUCGGUACAACUGACUAUGACCCUAUCACGACUUUCACAUUCCUGAGUCAACUUGCGCCCGCGGACAGCUUCCUUGCGGCAGGAGUCAACAUCAUUGAUGCUGAACGCCCCGAUGUUUUCGAUGCUGAUUUACUCACCAAUCCCGGCACCGGCACCAUCACAGAGGACGGCUUUGAAUUUGACGACAGCACAGCGCACCUUGCUCUCCUCGGCAACGGCGCCCUCGACAUGAGUUCCAUGAUGGACGCCCCGCAGAAUUUCGAGAUUGGAAUCCCUCCUCAGUGGGAUGACUUCAGUGGUCAAAUUACCCAAGAUGAUCAUACUGGUCAGUUGUCAGAGCCUUUACAAGACGACACACCUGUCUAUCCUAUCAACAGCUACUUUGAUGAUGGAUUCCCUACCUGGGAGCUCCAGUGA